AUGAGGGUUGUUGCAGUAAUAACGUUGGUUUUCGGCUGUACCAACCUUGUUAAUGGUUACGUGGAGUCCCUCGAUGGUCCUACUGCAACUGAAAUGGGACAAAGCAGUGAUUUUCUUCAUGGAAAAACAUUCAUAGAAGACGAAUCGUCUGGUGUUCCCCCAAUCAUCCCGUGUAUCCCCAAUCCCUGCAAGAGAGGAGCGAAAUGUCUGCCGAUCUCUGGGAAUGAUUUCACUUGUAAAUGCCCGGCGGGCACCACCGGAAAAACUUGCAAUAAAGAUGUCGACGAAUGUGCAAACAACAAUGGCGGAUGCUCACACGAUUGCAGCAAUACAGAUGGAAGUUAUGAAUGUCUUUGUCCUGAUGCAGAGCUGUCAUUAGCUGAUGAUAAACAUACUUGUGAAGCUCAAGGAGUCACUGUGGAUUGUCGUCAAAAUGACAUGUCCAUUAGUAUCCCCAAGCCCAUACUCAAAGGAAUGGACAAGGAACAUCUUCGCCUCCUGGACCCGAAGUGUGGAGCAACAGAGACUAAAACGCAUUUUGGUCUCAAAACACCGCUGACUGGCUGUGGCACUAAAAGAAGGCACACCAAGGCCGCCAUUGUGUACAGUAACAAGGUCCUGGAGAUUCCACUGAAAAAAUCUGAUCUCAUCACGCGCGUCAGAGAGAUUGAGAUCCCAUUCAGUUGCUAUUAUUCCAACAGCAGAUUGGCUACGGCUGUUGGAUUAAAACCAAAUAACAGAAAACUGGUCUUCAUGGAAAAAGGGAAGGGAAAAUUUACAGUUGUCUUGGAGAUAUUUCACAGUCAAGGAUUCACCACAGCGUACGAAUCCGAUGAUUUUCCUAUAUCUUUGAAACUCCGCCAAAGUAUGUUCGUACAAGGAAGAGUCGACAGCAAAGAUAAAAAGUUAUCAAUUUUGCUUAAAAAGUGUUUUGCCACGCCCACUGCUAACGAGAAUGAUGCCACAAAACAUGAUAUCAUUUCUGAUGGCUGUGCUGUCGACGAUACAGUCCAACAGCUUCCCUCCCCAGUAGGCAAAUCUCGUUUCAGCCUCGAAGCCUUUCAGUUCGUCAAGCAGCCCUUCGUUUUUAUACACUGUCACGUGGUUAUCUGCAACGCAUCUGACCUUAAGUCGAGGUGUGCCCGAGGAUGUGAAUCGGGUGACCGAGUGAGACGCGAGCUUGGAGAACAAAAGGAGUAUUCGCUGGCACAAGGACCAAUAACACUAGACUACCAGAAUGCUUAUGAACAAGAAGAUGAAAAGAAUACUAAUGAUAAACCUGCCAAAGAAGCGGAUAUGAACAUCCCAAUCCUUACUGCUCUGGCCGCCUUUACAGCUCUCACUGUGCUCGGUUUAGCGUUCACAGCAAGGAGAAGAAUGUUAAAAUAA